UUACUUCCUCUGACGUAUUAUUCAGUCGCUGGGCUGCGGUGAUUUUUCGGGUCAGAUCGGAGGGUCUUUGGAGGACAGUUAAUCAUGGCCCUGAGGGUGAUCCGGCUGGUCAUCCCAUCGGGAGCAACUGCUUUUAAAUCGGUGAACAUUGUGCAGAAGGCAGGCGUUCACACAAGCUCCGUGAGAAGCCUACGGUAUGGCUGGUGGGCCUACGCACUCGGUGAGAGGACGACGCCACGGUUGAACCAGUACAGCAAAAUCAUCUCCGUGGAUGGCAACUUGGCCUCAGGGAAAGGAGCAAUGGCCCAGAAGCUGGCUGACAGGCUGGGGAUGCUCUACAUGCCCGAGCCUGACACUUUCUACUUGGACAAGAUGACCAACGAGAAGGAGCCACUUCCUGUCGACUUCAACGGGAUGUGCAGCCUGGAGAAGUUCUACACAGACCCCAAAGCUGCCGACGGAAACAGCUACAGACUGCAGCUGUGGAUGUACACCAUGAGGCUGCUUCACUACGCUGACGCCAUCGAACACCUGCUCACCACAGGCCAGGGAGUGGUCCUGGAGCGUUCCCCCUUCAGUGACAUGGUCUUCCUGGAGGCCAUGUUCAAAGAGGGCUACAUCAGGAAGGAGUGUGUGCAGCACUACAAUGAGAUCAAAGACAUCAGCAUCUGCGAGUUCCUGCCGCCGCACCUCGCCAUCUAUGUUGACAUGCCAGCUGAGGAGGUUCAGAAGAAGCUGAAACAGAGCGGCAAGUCCUAUCUUCAGAAUGUGCCCCUGACUUAUCUCAAGGCCAUCGAGGAUUGCUACAAGAAGUCUUUCAUGCCCCAAAUCAGCAAAACAUCAGAACUGCUGGCUUAUGAUGCCGCCCAAGCCCAAGAUGUUGAACGGGUGGCAGAAGACAUUGAGUAUUUGAAGUUUGACAAAGGGCCGUGGCUGGAACAGGAUGACGUCACCUACCACCACAUGCGGAUGCUGGUGGAAGACAAACAGCGGGUGGCAACCCUGACCCACAUACCGAAGUUCCUGCCAGAGAUAACCAUCGGGGCCCACGAGUACGAUGAAAAAUACUAUGCCUAUAAAUCGCUUCCUGGGAAGAAGUACGCCCCUGGUUACAAUGCAGACGUCGGGGACAAACACAUCUGGCUGAAGUAAAUGAGUCCACGGGCCUGCUGCUAAUUCAACCCUCGUCACUGGCUGAUCAGCUCUCUGAGUGAAGUCUGAACAACUCCUUCACUAUUGAUCCUUGUCUUCUGUUGUACAUCCUAAAUAACGUGUAUGUAUUAUUAAAAGAAUAAAUUUUGAAUCUA